AUGUCUAAGUGUACAGGUUCGGGCUUCCAACUCUUCAUCACCAUCGGCAUCCUCUACGCCUACCUCUUCGGCGCCGUCGUGGAGUCCUGGCGGUGGCUGGUCCUCGUCUGCGCGGCCGUUGGGGGCGUCUACCUCCUGCUGGCGAUCUUCAUCAAGGAAUCUCCCACCUUUCUGCUGUCUAAGGGCAAGGAGGAGGAAGCGAGGCAGUCUAUGCAGAAAAUCCUACGACAUCGAACAAGAGAUGAAGCCCUGAAGGAGUCCUUGGGAGCAGCCAAGAACAAGGUCUCCUUAUCUGAUCUCAGGGAGCCUUAUAUCCUGAAGCCCUUGGCCAUUACCCUCGCCCUUAUGGUUUUCCAGCAGCUCGCGGGGGUCAACGCUGUGAUAUAUAACAUUAAUCUCAUCUUCCAG